ACUGAUUAGAAUUCGAACAAUUGAAAGCUGCACUAAAUUCCGUGUUUUGUUCAAGUCGCGUUGCCGUGAGGCCAGUUCCGUGUAGUCGGAAAAGUGCCGGUAAAGUUGCGAGAAUUCCUUACUGAAAAUCGCUUUCAUUCGUUUCCACAAGAUUUUCCACUCGGGCAGUGCUUCCAGAAUAUUUUCCGCGUGAGGGAAAUUGGUCGCGAGGGACCUCAUAGCAGUUUUCCAUCGCCGAAGGGGAUUCCAUCGUCCGUCUGAAAGUUGACCGCAAGCACUAAAUUUCAGAAUCGAUUAUGAGGUGGAAAUUUGUUCUAGUUUUGUUGUUCGGGUUGGCGUUAAUUGCGACCGUGCGAGCAGAGGAGGAAGCGGACGGCGAUGAUGGAGCAGAAGUCGACGAUGGAGAUGAUUCAGACGAUUAUGAUUCCGAUGUGGAAGAAGAGGAUCCAGCCGCAGAAGAAGCCAUUCAAAACUACCAAAGUCCCGAAGCAAAUCCCCAAACUUUCUAUUUCGCUGAGCAUUUCGACGAUCUGGACCGGUUCGGAAAAGCAUGGAUUAAGUCGCAAGCAAAGAAAGAUGAUAUAGCCGAGGAGAUAGCCAAGUACGACGGCGAGUGGGCGAUAGAGGCCCCAGCAAAGCAAAUUCUCAAAAACGAUUUUGGUCUGGUACUAAAAUCGAAAGCAAAACAUGCUGCUAUCGCGUCGCGGCUAUCGAAGCCAUUCGAUUUUCGUGACCCCAAUAAAGCUCUAGUCGUUCAAUAUGAAGUUACCAUGCAGGACGGACAAGACUGCGGCGGUUCGUAUAUUAAAUUAUUGUCGACUGGCAAAGAGACCGCUGACCUAACCAAGUUCCACGACAAAACGCCGUACACUAUUAUGUUUGGGCCAGACAAGUGCGGCAAUGACGUCAAGCUUCAUUUCAUUUUCCGUUAUACUAAUCCAAUUAACGGAUCAGUAACUGAAAAGCAUUGUCGAAAGGCGAAGGAACGUUUAGAAGAACCAUUCAAAGACAAAAAUCCACAUCUGUAUCAAUUGUAUUUGCAACCAAACGGACAGUAUCGAAUUCAGGUCGAUGAGAAGACAAUAAACGAGGGCACACUACUGAAUGAUUUCACCCCGCCUGUGAAUCCGCCCCGGGAAAUCGACGAUCCAUCUGAUCUAAAACCAGAAAAUUGGGACGAACGUGAAAAGAUUCCUGAUCCAGACUCGAAAAAACCUGAUGAUUGGGAUGAAGAUGCUCCACCACAAAUACCAGACCCCAAUGCUGCCAAGCCUGGAGGGUGGCUGGAUGAUGAGGAAGAAAUGAUUCCAGAUCCAAAUGCCAAAAAGCCUGAGGAUUGGGAUUCUGACAUGGACGGCGAAUGGGAAGCUCCACUCAUCGAAAAUCCCGUAUGUGAAAAGGCGCCUGGCUGUGGACCAUGGAAAGCACCGUUGAUUUCUAAUCCGAAUUACAAAGGCAAGUGGCGUGCUCCUUUAAUCGACAAUCCCAACUACCAAGGAAAGUGGGCACCACGCAAGAUUCCCAAUCCGGACUUCUUUGAGGAUUUAGAACCAUACAAGAAACUUACCUCAAUUUCAGCUGUUGGCAUUGAAAUCUGGUCGAUGUCUAAUAAUAUUUUAUUCGAUAACAUCAUCAUAACGGACAAUUUAGAAGAUGCCGAUGCAUGGGCUAAAGCAACGUAUUCGCUGAAGCGACAUCAAAUUAACAAAGACUCGAAAACUAUUUGGCACCGUAUGAUGCGUCAUAUGGGCUACAAGCCGGGAUGGUGGGCGGUAUAUUUUAUUUACUGUGCAAUACCGAUUGCGAUAUAUGCCCGCAUUCUUGUCAAGUUUGCGAAAGAGGGCAAAGACCCACAAGCAGACUCAGCAGCACGAGCGAAAAAAACAGACGAGCCAACAGCUGAUGAUGAUGAACCAAGGAAUGGUGAGAAAGGCGAGAAAAAUCAACCUCACAAAAAUGCAGCAGGCGGUGAUGCUGAAACACACCAACAAAAACCUAGUCCUAAAAGUAAAAAGUCUGAUUUAGAAGUAGAUGAUGAUAUUGAAACGCUUCAAGAUAACAACGUCGAUGAUGAAGAGGAGGGAGGUGAAGAUGAAAUUGUAAUCGAGGAUAAUUCAGCGGAGGAAGCGGUUCCUGAACAUACAGAAGGCGUGAAGAAGCGUCGGCCUCGAAAAGAGUAAAUUAGUAUCUAGUGUAUGUUGUGAGAUACACAGAAAACGAUCCAGUAGACAAAAUAUCUCCAUGAAACAAAUUUAUGUAAUUGCGAUAUUUUCUCAAGUCGUUUUCAGUUUUUUCUUUCUUAAUUUUAGCGCUAUUUAAAUGAAAAUUAUAUAAACGGUAAUAAAUAUAUAAAAAGAAGGGCAGAGGUCGCAGAAAGAGGAGAAACAUAAACGAAAUAGAACACCGAGAAGUGAAUUACGUAUGUUGAUUGAUUUUCUUUACCUGUAUUACGUCAUUACAAAGUGCGGUGAUUGUUCACAUGAAAACAUUCGUUUCUAUAUGUUCAGUUUUUUGUUCACAAUUGACUGGGAAUGAACCGUAAAUUUAUAAAUCGAAUAUUUCAUUGGA